CCGCCGCCCCCGGGCCCCCGCGCCCCGCGACCAUGGACAAGAUCCUGGAGGGGCUGGUGAGCUCCUCGCACCCGCUGCCCCUGAAGCGCGUGAUCGUGCGCAAGGUGGUGGAGUCGGCCGAGCUGUGGCUGGACGGCGCGCAGUGCGAGGCCAUGUUCGGGCUGACCACGCGGCUCAUCCUGGAGGGCCCCGACCCGUUCCGCCGGCAGGUGGGCCGCCAGGUGCUGGAGGCCUACGCGCGCUACCACCGGCCGGAGUUCGAGGCCUUCUUCAGCCGGCCGUUCGUGCAGGGGCUGCUGCGGCAGGGCUACGGCUCGCUGGGCGGGCAGGACGUGGCCAUCCUGGACUACGUCCACAACGGCCUGCGGCUGCUCAGGAGCUGCCCGUCGGUGCUGGACCUGUUCGGCCUGCUGCGGCUCGAGGUGCCGCGGAUGCUGUGCGAGCGGCCGGGGCCGCCGCUGUGCGCGCGCCUCAGCGACCUGCUGGGCGACUUCGCGCAGUGCAUCCCGCGGGGGCAGCCGGCCGUCGCCUUCUGCCAGCAGCUGGUGCGGACCAUGGGCCACUUCCAGUGCGCGUCCACGCAGGAGCGGGAGCUGCGCGAGUACGUGUCCCAGGUGACGCGGGUGGGCGGCCUGCUGCAGAGCAUCUGGAAGGCCGAGCCCAGCGCGCUGCUGCCCUCCCUGCAGGAGGUCUUCGCCAGCCUCUCGGCCACAGAUACAUCAUUUGAACCUUCUGUAGCACUGGCAAGCCUCGUGCAGCAUAUUCCUCUUCAGAUGAUUACGGUUCUCAUCAGGAGCCUAACUACAGAUCCAAAUGUAAAAGAUGCAAGCAUGACCCAAGCUCUUUGCAGAAUGAUUGACUGGCUUUCCUGGCCCUUGGCUCAGCAUGUGGAUACGUGGGUGAUUGCACUCCUAAAAGGACUGGCAGCUGUCCAGAAGUUUACUAUUUUGAUAGAUGUUACUUUACUGAAAAUAGAACUGGUUUUUAAUCGACUUUGGUUUCCUCUUGUGAGACCUGGUGCUCUUGCAGUUCUUUCUCACAUGCUGCUCAGUUUUCAGCAUUCUCCAGAGGCGUUUCAUCUGAUUGUUCCUCACGUAGUUAAUUUGGUUCACUCCUUCAAAAGUGAUGGUCUGCCUUCCAGUACAGCCUUCUUAGUGCAGUUAACAGAAUUGAUACACUGUAUGAUGUAUCAUUAUUCUGGAUUUCCAGAUCUCUAUGAACCUAUUUUGGAAGCAAUAAAGGAUUUCCCUAAGCCCAGUGAAGAGAAGAUUAAAUUGAUUCUCAAUCAAAGUGCCUGGACUUCUCAGUCCAAUUCUUUGGCCUCUUGCUUGUCUAGACUUUCUGGAAAAUCUGAAACGGGGAAAACUGGUCUUAUUAAUCUAGGAAAUACAUGUUAUAUGAACAGUGUUAUACAAGCAUUAUUUAUGGCUACAGAUUUCAGGAGACAAGUAUUAUCUUUAAAUCUAAAUGGGUGCAAUUCAUUAAUGAAAAAAUUACAGCAUCUUUUUGCCUUUUUGGCUCAUACACAGAGAGAAGCAUAUGCCCCUCGGGUGUUCUUUGAGGCUUCCAGACCUCCAUGGUUUACCCCCAGAUCACAGCAAGACUGCUCUGAAUACCUCAGGUUUCUACUAGACAGGCUACAUGAAGAAGAAAAGAUCUUGAAAGUUCAGUCCUCACACAAGCCUUCUGAAAGUCUGGGGUGCAAUGAAACUUCUUUACAGGAAGUAGCCAGUAAGGCAGCUGUGCUAACAGAGAACCCUUGCACAAGUGAUGGUGAGAAGACUUUAAUAGAAACAAUGUUUGGAGGAAAACUACGAACUCACAUAUGUUGUUUGAACUGCAGGAGUACCUCACAAAAAGUAGAAGCCUUUACAGAUCUUUCACUGGCCUUUUGUCCUUCCUCUUCUGUUGAAAACUUGUCUUUUCAAGAUCCAGCAUCAUCGCCCAAUACACAAGACGGUGGUCUAACGCAAGCCAAUGCACCUGGUCCUGCAGAAGAACCAGCAACAGCUGCCUUUAUUUGUGACUCAGCUAUGAAUGAGAGAAUGUCAGGCAGUCCUCCUGAUGAAUUUUGCUGUACUGAAAACACUUGUGUCCCCAAUGAAUCUAGCAAGAUUCUUGUUAAUAAAGAUGUACCUCAGAAGCCAGGAGGUGGAAGCACACCUUCAGUAACUGACUUACUAAAUUAUUUUUUGGCUCCAGAGAUUCUUACUGGCGACAACCAGUAUUAUUGUGAAAACUGUGCCUCUUUGCAGAAUGCCGAGAAAACUAUGCAUAUCACAGAGGAGCCUGAGUACCUUAUUCUUACUCUCCUGAGAUUUUCAUAUGAUCAGAAGUAUCAUGUGAGAAGAAAAAUUUUAGACAAUGUGUCACUGCCACUGGUUUUGGAGUUGCCAGUUAAAAGAACUACUUCUUUCUCUUCUUUGUCAGAAAGUUGGUCUAUAGAUGUUGACUUCACUGAUAUUAGUGAGAACCUAGCUAAAAAAUUAAAGCCUUCUGGAACUGAAGAAGCUUGCUGCUCCAGAUUGGUGCCGUAUCUAUUAAAUUCCGUUGUCGUUCACUCUGGUGUAUCAUCUGAAAGUGGGCAUUACUAUUCUUAUGCCAGAAACAUCACAGGUACAGAGUCUUCAUACCAGAUGUGCCAUCAGUCUGAAACUCUGGCAUUAGCGUCCUCCCAGAGUCAUUUACUAGGGAGAAAUAGUCCCAAUGCAGUGAUUGAACAGGAUUUAGAAACUAAGGAAAUGUCAAAAGAAUGGUUUUUAUUUAAUGACAGCAGAGUGACAUUUACUUCAUUUCAGUCAGUCCAGAAAAUUACGAGUAGGUUUCCAAAGGACACCGCUUAUGUGCUUUUGUAUAAAAAACAGAAUAGCACUAAUGGUUUAAGUGGUAAGAGUUCAACCAGUGGACUCUGGGUAAAUGGAGACCCACCGCUACAGAAAGAACUUAUGGAUGCUAUAACAAAAGACAAUAAACUGUAUUUACAGGAACAAGAGUUGAAUGCUCGAGCCCGGGCCCUUCAAGCUGCAUCUGCCUCCUGUUCAUUUCGGCCCAACGGAUUUGAUGACAAUGACCCACCAGGAAGCUGUGGACCAACUGGUGGAGGGGGUGGAGGAGGAUUUAAUACAGUUGGCAGACUCGUAUUUUGAUCCUGAGAAAAUCCAAAAUGCACUGGUCACAAAACAUCUAAUACUAUGACUGUUAAAAUGUCAGACUGUAGCAAAUAUCAUACCUAUCUUUAAUUUUUCUUUUCAUUAGGCCCUUUAUACUUUAAGAAAAGACAUUCAGUGCUUGUUUUUAUUUUCCUGACAAUACGUGUAUUAACAAAUGCAUCAUGGGAAAAAAAACUACCUCUUAAAAUUCCACUUGCUCUUAUGGUUUGAGAUGCUUGACCAAAAAUUUUCAGAGGAAAAUAUGUACCCGGUCCCUAAUUAAGCUGCAUUAAAUUUAGCAGAGACAUUUAAAUGGUCUCAUUCUCAGUUUUAUUAAACAAAAAAUAUACUUAGCAUCUUUUAUAAAAGAAUUGAUGCUAGAAAUUAUGGAAAUAUUGCUUAAGAAGAAAAAAAAUCCUUUAUUUCUUGCAUAGUAGCCCAUUAUUAAAUUCAAAUCUUUUAAAAUGCUAAAGAGAAUACAGUCUCUAAUGAAGGCAAUAACAGAAUUUAUCAAGCUAUAGUACUUUUCAGGUUUUUGUUUAGUGCUGUCUUCAGCAUCAGUGUAUCUGCGUUUCAAGUACAAAUGUUUUAAAAAAGGAUUAUUUAUACAUAUAUGCUGAACUGAUUUUAAGAAAGGUGCAUGAUCCUGUAGGAACAACGUUUUUACCUAAAAAUUGCUAACUUUGUAGUAUUUCUAAUUGUUUAAGGAUUUUCAAAUUCUAUUUCAGGGAGUAUAUCUUCUGUGUGUUUUGAAGGAGGUGUGUUCUAUAUGUGCCUUGCAGUACUGUAAUUCAAAAAUAGGAACCUUUGGCUGCGGAAAAGUUUUUUAAAAAUGAAAUGUUAGGAAGUAAUUUUUGUGCUAACAUUAAAAUUAUAACUUUUUGAAAGAUACUAGAUUUUCCUGAAGUAAAAUCCGAUGGUUCUAAAUCAAUAAGUGCGAUAGAUUAUUUUUAAAUCAUAGAAGAAUUCAGAGGAAAUGAACCUAGGCAAGUAAAAGAUCUUUUUUGUUUGUUACUUAAUCCUCAGAUUAUUAAACGUCAAUUACAUAUUUUUUAGAUUGUACAUUUGGGUUUUUUUUUUUUUUCAUUUGAAUCUUGUGCUCUGCACAGUUGUUUCUGUUUCAUAGUUUCAGAUAAAAUGGUGAAAUGUCAGGCCCUGCCAUCCCACAUUUUCUUUUACCAGGGAGUGGGAAACAAAUCAGUCCUCCUGGAUGUUGAUUGUACACUUUCAGGAGUUACCCCAGUUGUCCCUUUUCCUAGAGGUUUUAACUUAUCUCUGGUUGUACAUUGUUCUGAAAUCGAUCUCCUGUUUAUUUUGAAAACAUUUUAAGGAAAGAGUGUUCUUUGGUGAUUUGGAGUUUAUCUUUUUCCCAAGCUCUUAAUGGUGUUGGUUAAAAGCAGAACUCCUCAUGUGCAUUCCAAAUGUCCCACUCCUAACCUGUUUCCAGUCGCUGGGAAGAUUAGGAAAACUGACUGGAUUAAAGCUAAAAAUUCUUUGCAGAAUUGAUUGAAAUUUGUCUUUUCUAUAAAUGAAUGAAACAGAUUUUUAUCACUGUCCUUCCUGUGGGCUUCCUCUUGUCUUAAUAGUGAAUUCCUAAGCUACCCUAUUUGUUCAGUUAUCCACUGGCUAGUAAUUUAUUAUAGGAUUAUAUCAGUGUUAGCAUUUAUUGAAAUUGGUAAAGUCACUUAAUACUUGAUACAUUAAUAUUGGGCUCAGCUGCUUUGGGGAACUUUCUUUUUUAAAAAAAAAAAAAAAAAAGAUUUUAUUAUUUAUUCAUGAUAGAGAGAGAGAAUGAGAGAGGCAGAGACACAGGAGGAGGGAGAAGCAGGCUCCGUGCAGGGAGCCCGACGUGGGAUUUUAUCCCGGGUCUCCAGGAUCACGCCCUGGGCCUAAGGCAGCGCCAAACCACUGAGCCACCGGGGCUGCCCUGGGGAACUUUCUUAAAGACAGACCUACACACCGUUUUAUCAAUGAAUAUCAUAUCAUUGAAGGACUUUAUGCGUCAAGGUAAUACAUACUGAAUUUUCAAAAUGAUAAAAAUGAAAUUCUAGCUAUAGAAUAAUACUGGGACUAUUCAGAUGAUAAUUUUAUACCAGUACCAAAGACAUGAAAUUAAAGGCAUCCUUUUAAGAUUAAAACUAUAAUAACAUUAAUCAUUUGCUGAAUUUAGAGUAUAUCUACAGAAUACUUGAAAUUGAAACUGGAAUAGCCAGAGGCUCCAUUCCCCAUACUCCUAACCCUUGUGCUUUCCUCUGCCUCUUGCACAUUCUGUAAGGUCUGAGUCUGCUAGAGUACUAUUUGCUGCUUCUCUUUAGUUCAUUCCAAAGUAAUCAUUUCAAAUGAAGCUGCUCAGUCAGAGAUGCUCAAAAGAGCACGUUAGGCCUCACCACUAACGAAGAUGAAAAACUGGAAAUCUAGGUCUGUUCUUUUCAAAGACCUGUAUUGACACAUUGUGAAAAAUAGAAUUUUUCUUUUUUAUGCAAAUAAAUAAUAUAUAUAAUAUGGUCAGUUAUGCAAGCCCUUGUAAUCCAUUUCACUAAGCAGGUGCCUGUGCACCUCUGACUCAUGACAUUUGCGUAGCUCAACUUGGAGAACAGAAUCUAAUUCGUUCUUUGCUCAAGCUUCUUCCUACCACCUCUCUUCCAGCUGAAUAAUCGGAAACAGCAACAUUGGUCUUGAGAUCCCUGAUUUUUGUCUCCCUACCUUUUGUCUCCCUACCACAAGAAACCUUUGGGUAGAAAUCAAGAUUUCCUCAUGAUAGCUAGAGGUAUUGGGGGGAGGAGUCCUUGUAACAGAUUCAAAAAAGCCUAUUGUUAACUCACAUCUAGAAAGAACAAAACAUAUUUCAAAACUAAGUUAAAGCUGAAAUCUGUAAUGUUCCUUCUCAAUUAGUUCUCUUUAUGAUAAUGUUAUUUACAAAGUCGCUGUCUUUUCAUAUGCUGCCUCUUUAAAGACUUUGCUAACCUCUCAUAAGAAGGAGUUGAUUGCUUCUUGUGUGUGCAGCACAGUUGAAGGAAAAAAAUUGGUAUAGUCUGUCCAGUACACAGAUACUGAUGGAAAUCACCAUUUUGAUGUUGUGUACUUCAUUGCAGUUCUUAGUUCUCAGUAUAUCUUUUUCCUGUGAUUGUACACUUCACAUACUCUAUUCAAAGGGAGCUUUUUAAGUGACUAUUUCAGAGGAAAUAAUACUGUACAUUUACAUAUGGUAUCUUUCUCAUAUGAAUACUAUACUUUCUCUGUCCUUUUGUCCUCUGCUUUUUUCUAGUGAAUGUAGAUUUCUAGAAGUAUUGCUGAAAUAAAGGACAAGUUAUUCAGUUAUUCACAUUUUAUAAAAACUUACCAGGAAGUGUUAACGGACUUCUAUUAAUGCAGUAACAUCAUCCGGGAGAGUAAGGCUGAACCUUGGGUAAUGUAAUCUGAGACCUUAUAGUGCAGCAGUUAGCAAAUUUAAAUUAAAAAUCCUCUCAAUAAGGCUAAAAAAAAUCUAAGCUGCUCCAUAUGUACAUUCUUAAGCAUUUACCAAUCUGUCAUGUACCAUCAUACUGUUAGUCUUACUUUGUUUUACUAAGUUAAUUUUCUUACAGAGUUCUUUUUAGGAGUGAGUGAAUCUCAAAAUGAAUAGGGGAUUUAAAAAAACAAAGAUUUAAAGUAAAUAGUACUUAAAAAAAACUAUCUUGUAAAGAAAUUGCAGUUUCUCCUUAUAAGAAAUUGCUAUAGAAAUAAUUUCAAAAGAAAUAAAGAUUUUUAUAAAAGCAACAACCUGACUUUUACAGAUUCAGAGAGAUUUGUUAUGUAAAAACCUGUAGCCCCAAUGUUAUAUAACUAGCGUGGAUUUGACAUUAAAAAUAGAAUCUAAGAAGUCAGCCAAGUGUGUUGCCAGCAUUCAUCAGUGUCAGUUAUGGCCUGCAGUUGUUUUUCUCUUAAUAGAUCUCAUGUUUUCAUAUUUUGCUUUGUGUGCUAGACGCACACAUACGCACGCACUUUAAUUUCAGAGGGAUGAAAAAGUCUUCACUAACUAGAUCAACAGUUUUCAACUUUGCAGUCAUGUUAAAAUCACUCAGAGAGUUUAUAAAAAUAACAGUAUAUCCAGGCUUCACCCCAAACCAAUUAAGUUAUGUGGGGACUGGGCAUCAAUAUUUUUUUUUAAGUUCCUCAUGUAAUUUUGAUGUGCAACAUUGGUUGAGAAUUUCUGGGCUAGAAAAGGACGUUUUUCUAGGGGUUUCAUCCAAGAGCACUAACAUAUUGACUGUCUACCAUGUGCUGGAGACUGGUUGAUUUUUAUAGAUCUUUUUCCUCAUACCUUUGCUCUCACCCCAUUACAGAUCAAUAAAUAAAGUCAUAUUAAGAAACUUACUCAAAAUCAUGCAACUAAAAAAUUAAAAAUUGAGAUUUUUUAAAAAUCUGAAUUGAGAUUUUAAUCCAAGUCUUAAGAACUCCAAAGUCAGUACUCUAACAGAGACGUAGUAACAGGUGGGAGAAAAAUGUGACCUAAAGACUUAUGCAAAUUAUGUAUUAAUAAAGGCUUGCAAUAAAUUUUAUGAAAUAAAAUCUCUAUAAUAUUUCACUUCUCUUUGCCCUUCAGAUAUGAUUCCAAAAAAUAAAGUGAGAUCUGUUUUAUUAAAACUUUUGUAGAUAAUGAUCUAAAUGGUUGAGGAACAUGGUUCUUAGCAAACUCAUUUCCUAGACCCGUUUAAUUCUUUCUUGCCUAAUUUCUUCCAUUUUUUCCCUUUCUGUCCUUCCUCAGUCAUACUAGAUCUUACUUACAUUGUGUACUCUAGGCUUUUGUAUAUGCAGGUCUUAGUAGAACAUACCAUUCCCCUUACUCCUCCUUCCCCUCCCUGUUUUCUGUUGACUAAUUUCUGCUCACCUUUCACUGUACUCUAGUCUCCUCAUACUACACUCCCAAACUGGUUAGUGUCUUAUUUUAUCCUGAAUUGUCUUACUACUUCUACCUGAAAAAGCCAUGGCUUUAGUAGUGGAGCGAAAUUAGCCCUAGAGUAAAGGCUGAUCAUUUACAAAGAUUGAAAGCAAGCCUUGAUCAAACUCCUCUGUAAGUAAUUGUAGUACAAACUCCCAAUAUUUUUUAUUUAUUUUUUUAAUUUUUUUUAACUCCAAUAUUUUUUAAAAGAGCACAACAAACCUAGCAUUUAAGAAAGUAAAAUUCCAGCAUCUGUUAAAAAUAGCAGGCAUUCAGAGGAGGAAAAUAUAUCCAGGGGAAAAACAAUACAAAUAGAUUCAGAAAUUAUGAAAGGGAAUUGACAAACUAGGAGCUUAAAAGAAUGUAAAGAAAAACAUAAGCACAAUUAAGAAAGAAGUGGAAAAUUCAAAAAGCUCCAUCCUAGCAGAAUAAUAUGAAGUCACACGAUGACAUCAUAAUCAAAUUACUUUAAAAUAAUAACAAAGAAAUUCUUAAAAGCAGCCAAAGAAAAAGAACACAUAUAGGUCAGCAAACUGUAUACAACCCUCCAGCCAAAUCGAUCUGGCCGCCAAGUUUUUCAUAGUUUUAUAGAAACACUGCCCCGUCUGUUUGUUCACCUGUUGUCUGCGGCUGUUUUCACACUACAAAGGCAGAGUUGAGUAGUUGUGACAGCAACCAUAGGGCCCGCAAAGCCAAAAGUAUUUACAAGAACGCUUUAUAAAAAACAGUGACCCCAGAAAAAAACAAGCAAGGACACUGGCUGCCAAAACAAACAGGUCAGCAAUUGUCUGAAACUGUUCUGAAUACUCACUGUCCCUUGUUGGAACAUCAUGGUUGGACACAUGCAACCCGGCGUCAGUUAACAACACCUACUACAUUGGAGACUUGUUUUGAAGAAAGAACAAGAGAGUUAAUAGUGUCUUUUAAUAAAGAGAAUCAUCAUUUAAAAAAAAAAAUCACAAUUGGUGAGACUUCAGAGAUCACCCUAGAGGCUCACAGUAGCCAGUGGCUUACCUUAGUCUCCACAGAAUUUGAACAGGGCGGCCCGCAAGGACUUAGAUGACCAGCCUGAGUGUACUUGAGCAUUGCUCUGGCCUUCGUGUCCUGUCUCCUCCCACUCAUCUGAAAGAGGGAUUUUAAUUAGAAAACAAAGUCCCCCGGAAAAAAAUAGGCAACAGAAAAAUGGAAAUCCUACAGAUCUGAAUCAUCUAUAGAUGCAAUAAUCAGGCACUUGGAAGAGUGAGUUGGUUUUCUUCAUCACUAGGAACAUCUGGAACAAACAGAGGAGUGUUUCAUGGUUGUCAAAUAGCUUUAAACAUCAAUCAUUAAUGUAUGGAGUUAUUUGUAAACAUUUUUCUCUGAUUUUUAAGAGAGGAGUUCGCUUUUAAUAUUCAGACUUCAAGUAAAUUGGUGAAUGUGAACUUUUUUUUUUUUUUUACCAUUACAGGUUUUUUAAAAAAUAUAUUUAACACAAUCCCCAUCAAAGCAAUGAGUACAGGAAGAAGGACUGUUUGUUUAUUUGAAAAUAUGAUUGUAAGUAGAUUGAAUUCCCUCUGAAGGACACCUACUUCAUCUUUGCAUCCCAGCGUUCACCACAGUACCUGACAUUUAGCGGGUGGUUCAAAACCAAAGAGAAAUAUGAUUGUGAGGCAAAUAUUUCUUCAAAAUUGUUUUUUCUGAGCUGGCUGUGUAAAUGAUAGUCCAGAAAUAAAAAGUGCUAAAAAAAAA